CCUCUUUUUAAAAGUAUUAAACCAUUUAUAUAAUAACUAUACUCAAUUGAUAAUGUCUUACGAAAGAGGUGAAGUAUAUGGUACACAAGUUUUACCAGGAGAAGAUCCUGAAGAUAGUUCAUUUAAUGAAGUUACUAAAGCAUUUCGAUCAUUUAUACUAGAAUUUAGAUUAGAUACCAGAUUUAUUUAUAGAGAUCAAUUAAGAGAAAAUUUAUUAGUAAAGAAUUACUUUCUUAAGGUUAAUUCCGAACAUCUUAUUGGAUUUAAUGAAGAAUUAAAUAAAAAAUUAUCAGAUGAUCCUGCUGAAAUGAUUCCAUUAUUUGAAAAUGCUAUAACUGAUAUUGCAAAGAGAAUUGCUUAUUUAUCAAAUAAUGAAGUUCCAAAUGAUUUUCCUCAUUGUCAAUUAAUUUUAUUAUCAAAUACUGGUAAAACUUCUAUAAGACAUUUAGAUUCUGAACAUAUUGCAAAAAUUGUUAGAGUUAGUGGAAUUAUAAUUUCUGCUUCAGUUUUAUCUUCAAGAGCAACUCAAGUACAAUUAAUUUGUCGUUCUUGUAAACAUACUCUUAGAUUACCAAUUAAAUCUGGGUUUGGUCAAGUUAAUUUACCAAAUAAAUGUCAAAAAGAUGAUAAUGGUACAACUCAAGAAAAAUGUCCUUUAGAUCCUUAUGUUAUUGUUCAUGAUAAAUCAACAUUUGUUGAUCAACAAGUUUUAAAAUUACAAGAAUCUCCAGAUAUGGUACCAGUUGGAGAAAUGCCAAGACAUAUACUUUUACAAGCUGAUAGAUAUUUAUCAAAUCAAGUUGUUCCUGGUACAAGAGUUACAAUAAUUGGAAUAUAUUCAAUUUAUCAAUCAAAACAACGAAAUUCUGGACCUGGAAGUGGGAAUGUAGCAAUUCGUAAUCCAUAUUUAAAAGUAUUAGGUAUUCAAUCUGAUGUUGAUAUUGGUAUUAAUGGUCAAGGUACAGUAUUUACUGAAGAAGAAGAAGAAGAAUUUUUAAAAUUAUCAAGAUUAUCAAAUAUUUAUGAAGUAUUUUCAAAUUCAAUUGCUCCAUCAAUUUAUGGUAAUGAAGAUAUUAAAAAGGCUAUUUCAUGUUUAUUAGUUGGUGGAUCUAAAAAAGUCUUACCUGAUGGAAUGAGAUUAAGAGGUGAUAUAAAUGUUUUAUUAUUAGGUGAUCCAGGUACUGCUAAAUCUCAAUUAUUAAAAUUUGUUGAAAAGAUUGCUCCAAUUUCAGUUUAUACUUCAGGUAAGGGUUCAUCAGCAGCAGGUUUAACUGCUUCAGUUCAAAGAGAUACUCAAACUGGAGAUUUUUAUCUUGAAGGUGGUGCAAUGGUAUUAGCAGAUGGAGGUGUUGUAUGUAUUGAUGAAUUUGAUAAAAUGAGAGAUGAAGAUAGAGUUGCUAUUCAUGAAGCAAUGGAACAACAAACUAUUUCAAUUGCAAAAGCAGGUAUUACGACUAUAUUAAAUUCAAGAACUUCAGUAUUAGCCGCUGCCAAUCCAGUAUUUGGAAGAUAUGAUGAUUCAAAAUCUCCAGGAGAAAAUAUUGAUUUUCAAAGUACAAUUUUAUCAAGAUUUGAUAUGAUUUUUAUUGUUAAAGAUGAUCAUAAUGAAGCAAGAGAUAUUUCAAUUGCUCAACAUGUUAUGAAUGUUCAUACAGGAGGUAAAACUCAAGAACAACUUCAAGAAGGUGAAAUUCCAAUUGAAACUAUGAGAAGAUAUAUUCAAUAUGUUAAACAAAGAUGUGCACCAAGAUUAAGUCCAGAAGCAGCCGAAAGAUUAUCAUCACAUUUUGUUUCAAUUAGAAGAAAAUUACAAAUUAAUGAAAAUGAUAUGAAUGAAAGAUCUUCAAUUCCAAUUACUGUAAGACAAUUAGAAGCUAUUGUUCGUAUUACUGAAUCAUUAGCUAAAAUAAGAUUAUCACCCGUUGCUAAUGAAGAACAUGUAGAAGAAGCUAUUAGAUUAUUUACUGCAUCAACCAUGGAUGCUGUUGAUCAAGGAAUUGCUGGUGAUGGAUCAGGUAACCCCCAAUUUACAGCAGAAAUUAGAAAAGUUGAACAAGAAUUAAAGAGACGUUUACCAUUAGGAUUUUCAACAGCUUAUAGUACAUUAAGAAGAGAAUUUGUUGAUAGUGGCAGAACCAGUUCAGCAGCAUUAAAUAAAGCUUUAGAUAUUCUUCAAAAGCAUGAAUCAAUAAGGUUUAGACAUCAAGGUAAAAAUAUUUUACGUGUGGGGGUUUAAAUCAUUGGAUUAUAGAUUAAACCAUCUUUUUUCUUUCGUUCUUUUUUCAAUUCUAUUUCUGUACUAUUAAAUAAUUAUUUUUAAGUAUUAUUUGAAAAUGCCCUU